CAGUUCCAUCCUCCCAGCUCCUCCGCAUCUCACCAAUGGCUAGAGCAUCAACCCCAGCAACAGUACCUCCCCCUGGGGGGGGGGUGUAAGGGCCCCUCGGGGGUCUGAUCCCGCCCCAACACAAGCGGGGCAGCCAAUGGACAGAGGGCACAGCCCCUCCACCCCCCCCAACCCUCACCCGCUACACACCCCCUGGGGAGAGGAGGCUCAAAGGAGCUGAGGCUGAAAGAGCGAAAGACAGGUACCGAAGAAGGGGCAGAAGAAGGAGAAGGACUGGCCGGUGCUGUUCCAGGCGAUUGAGAUCCAGGGAGCAGGGAGAGACGCCGGCAGGAGUGGCCGGGAUGGCGGCCGACCCGGAGUUCCAGGAGAUCCAGCGGAGGGUCAACCAAGUCACCGACGAGUCCCUGGAGAGCACCCGGCGGAUGCUGCAGUUGGUAGAGGAGAGCAAGGAUGCCGGGAUCCGGACGCUGGUUAUGUUGGACGAGCAGGGAGAGCAGCUGGACCGGAUCGAUGAGGGACUGGACCAGAUCACCCAGGACAUGAAGGAGGCUGAGAAGAACCUGACGGACAUGGCCAAGUGCUGUGGGCUCUGUGCUUGCCCCUGCCUGCAGUUGAAGGUGAGCAAGGCGUACCAGGCCGUGUGGGGACCGGGGCCAGGCGGGGUCGUAGCCGGGCAGCCCUCCUCCCGCGUGGCAGACGAGCGAGAGCAGAUGGUCAUGAGUGGCGGCUACAUCCAUCGGGUGACGCAGGACGCGCGGGAGGACGAGAUGGAGGAGAAUCUGGUGCAGGUGGGCAGCGUCCUGGGGAACCUGCGGAGCAUGGCCCUGGACGUCAGCAACGAGAUCGACAUCCAGAACACGCAAGUGGACAAGAUCAUGGAGAAGGUGACCGUCAAUGAGGAACGGAUCCGAGAGGCUAACACGCGAGCCAAAAAGAUCCUCAAGAACGCCUGAGACCUCCUCUGGAACUGGGCCCGGGCUCCUCUCCCGACCCCGUCCGGGGCGAGAGGGGACCCAAGUUGGGAUGGUGUCUUUCCGGGGAAGAGAGAAAGGAAGCUAUCCAGCAAUGGGACAGGGAGGGGAGAGGAUGAAGCCCCUGGUCCUCCACUCUACCCCGGGUUAGGGGACGGGGAGGGCUGGGCAGGCUGAGAGAGGUUUCCCUUCUGCCCCUCCCACUCUGUGUCGGAGGCACAGCAAUAAAGUUGUGUUUGUGUACA